ACUGUGCCAGUUGGUCUGCGCUAUAAACUUGUCGCAGUUUUAAAGUCAGAGGGAGGAUCGCCCACCUCUAUUUAUGUGAGCGUCUCUACAGUACCUGCGUAUCCCUAGAAAUCAUAUGAUAUAAAGUUCAUUUCAGUCACAAAUCAUUAGUUAGGAAAACUGAUGCUCAGAUGAGCGCUCUUCUUGCCCUUCUUCCUUAUUAAUUGCUGACUCUAGGAUAGCAGUUACAGUACGCGUUCUAUUAGGUUUACAGUCACCUUGCCACUAGGAAGACUCGCCACCAGCUUUGAUUUCUUCUGCCAUCUUCAGAUUCACCUCUCUCUCAACUUUACGUCUCUGAUUUUUAUGACGAGGAUACUGGCAUUUACAAACCCGAAGGUCUGAAUCUCAUACCAAGUUUUACGGCUUUCCGAACUGCCUAGAUGUAAGGAAAGGCUGCAAACUGCCAUAUGCUGUUUAGAAUGAUUAGGAAGAUUAAAGUGUCUAGCGACUGGUUUGGAUGCGUCCUUGUCAUUUCUUUCCACGUCGCGAAAGUGUUCUCGGAAUCGGUCACCUAGUCGUCUUCCUGUUUCGCCGAUGUAUAACUUAUUGCAAUAAGUGCAUGUUAUGCAGUAAAUAACAUUGGCGGAGGUACACGUAAAGUGAUCAAUGAUCUUAAUGGAUCUCUUGGGUCCCGAUAUUUUCUCUACGUUAUGAAUGAAAGGACAAGUUUUGCAUCGUGCACGAGCGCAUUUAAAAGUUCCAGAUUGGUCAUUGGUUUGAAAUGAACUCCUGACUAAAAAGGUUGCCUAUGUUUUUGUCACGUUUGAAUGAAAUAAGUGAGGGUUGCGAAAAGAUAGUGACAGUCUGAAUCGUUUUGGAGUAAUUUAAAUUUUUUAAGAAUGAUAGAUUUAACUGCGUGGUUGUGAGGGUGAAAUGUAAGAGUAAAUGGAAUGCGGUCAAUGUUUUCCUUCUCAGCCGUUUGUAGUGCUGACUGUCGAUCGAUUUGUUGGGCACGGUGGUGGCCCGCUUGAACGACAGAAACAGGAUAGCUACGUUUAUCGAAAAACUGGCACAUUGUCUCUGAUUUUUCGGAAAAAUCAGAGUCGUCACUACAUAAACGACGAAGUCUGAGAAACUGUGAAAAAGGUAUGGAGUUCUUGACGUGUGAUGGAUAUGAAGAUGAAUACAACAAGUAACUAUGUGAAUCUGUAGGUUUGUAGUAAACACUAGUACGUAAGCCGUUGCCUUCAAUUGAAAUUUUGAUGUCUAGAAAAGCCAAAGAAGUGUCGGAAAUUUCCCAGGUAUAUUUAAGAGCCGGCUGAAAGGAAUUGACGGCGGUUAUAAAUUGAGUGAGCUCCUCUUUGGUAGAGGAGGUAGCACCGAUGCAAUCGUCAAUGUAGCGGCCGUAGAGUUCAGGUUUUGGGCCGUGGUAUUGGCUAAAAAAUUGAUGUUCGAUAAAACCUACAAAAAGAUUGGCGUAGCUGGGUCCCAUUUUAGUACCCAUGGCCACGCCAUUAGUUUGUUUGUAGUAGUUACCCCCAAAUGAAAAGCAAUUGAGUGUGAGUACUAGUUCGGCCAGACGGAGUAGUGUUUCAGAGCUAGGUUCCUUAAGAGUGCGUUGAUCGAAAAAUUGUUUGAGGGCCCGGAGACCUUCGUCAUUGGGAAUGACAGUGUAAAGAGAUGUUAUAUCCAUGGUGAAAAUAAGUUUGUUUUGGUCGAGGAAACUAAAGUUACGAAAAAUUUCAAGUGCGUGUUGGCUGUUCUUAAUGUAAGACGGUAAAGUUUUGACGAUAGGCGCCAUAAUUUUGUCUAAAUAGCUGGAAAUAAGUUCGGUGGGACAACUGCAGGCAGAAACGAUGGGUCGACCUGGGUUGUUAGGUUUGUGGAUUUUAAGUAAAAAGUAAAUACACGAAGUUCUAGGAGUGGUAAUGAUGAGAUUUUUAGCAGUGGCCGGCAAUUCUUGUUUAGCUAUAAGAUCGUUAAUCGUAUUUUUGACAAUGUUUUGGUUAAUAAAAGUGAGACCUUUGUCGACUUUAGCAUGAAAGGAGGUGUCAGAAAGUUGCCGCAAAGCUUCUUUUUGGUAGAGGUCGGCCCGCCAAACAACAACUGCGCCGCCUUUGUCGGCCGCCUUAAUGAAUAUGUCUUUGCGUUUUUUUAGACUUUUUAGUGCCGACCACUCUUCCGAAGAAAGAUUGGAAAAUUUGGUGUCACGAUUGUAUUUAAGUUUGUUGAUAUCGUGGCGACAUUUUUUGAGGAAAAAAUCUAAAGAUAAGAACUGGCCCUCUGGGGGAGUCCAUUUAGACUUUCGAAUCUGGAGUGUUUCGAAAGUAUCUUUGUUCGAGGUGUUAGAAUCAUCCUCUUUGUCAUGAAAAGAGGCUUUUAACUGAACGCGGCGAAGGAAUUUUUCAACGUCUUGCUUAACUGAAAAUUCGUCGGUUUUUUUGGAUAUGGGAACAAAAUUUAAGCCCUUGCUGAGAACUGAUUUUUCUGAAUCGGAAAGUAGUAAAUUUUCUGGAAUGGUAACUACAGUUUUGAGGUUUUCAGGCGAUGAGUUGUAAGUAAUUUGGCCCUCCUUACAUCUAGGCAGUUAAACACUAGAACAAAAAUUUAUCUUCCAAAUCGGCACUCUUAAUCCCCACGGAAUCAAUGAACGCUUUUCAUUCAACUAAUUUAUUCCCGUUUUCUCGUCACCAUAUUCCCACCAAUGGCGUAGCUCCACUUUCUACAUAUAAACCCACACACAACCCACAAUUCCUCCAAUCGCUCUGACGAAGGGCUAACGCUCGAAACGUCAGCUUUUUUACUCUUUACGGUGGCUAAUUUACGUUUUCAACUCAGUUGUUAACACUACAUUACCUGCUAUACUCUCCCACCGACGCAGCACCACAGUUUCUUUAGAAACUUACCCCUUUAUUUAUGGAAGAGUUUAGUUCGGAAUACCUAAUUUUAUCCUAUAACUUGGUGCAGACUGGUGAAUUUCAACUGGAAAGUAUUCCUAAAACACUGCAAUGAAAAUAAUGCCUACAUGUAAACCAUUUCAAGUCUCCAUCACUGAUAUUCUUCUUUGCUUUCCCUUGCGUAUAGGAAGCACACCCACGCUCAGAAACAACAGGAUCCACAGUGGAAAACAGGUAGAACUCGUCCACAUUAGCUACAUACAUUAACAGAUUAAAGUUUCCCGAUGGUAAUGCCAUUAAAUGUUUAAAAGACAACUUCAUUAAAAAUUGUUAUUGUUUAGGAUUUGCUUAAUCCUUCUCUGAACAAUUGAAAUCAACAUAAAUAAGAGUUCUUUUCGAAUUUUUAAAUGAGAUGAAACUGAUAUUGAAUCUAAAUGAAUAGAAAGAAUAUUUGUCUUGAUGAACUCCCUUGGGAGCUUAUGCACUCUCUCUAUGUUUUAGCUUGCAGCUGAGCGUACCUAAACUGGACAUAACAAGCAAACAAUUCUGUGUAACGCUAACACUCUGCACCUUAAAUAACCAAAGGACACGAAGAGACAAAAUUCAGCCAUAACCGUCAGAAAUUGACGCACAUCCUAGGACUGGGGACAAACAACUGCACUUGAGGGUAAAGCACAAAGCUAAAUCGAAUUUAACCGGUUUGGUCGGUUUGAAAUUGUAAAAAAACACGUCCCAAUUUUUAAACUAAGUAAACAUAAAAAAGUGCACCGUAAUUACUAAAUGAAAGGCUUAUCUUAAAUUAAAAAAGUAUCAAAUUAACUUGCCCACAUUAUCCUCUAAACUAAUUUUAUUUCUAUUCGUUUAUCAAACAUGUAUCGUUUGACUGACCUUACUAUGAUGGCUUCAUAACUUUUUAACUUAGUUUCAAUUUUAAAAAAAUUGCUGAAGCUUGUUACAAUCAAGUUACGUCAUUUAAAAUGAAACGCGAAUUCUUAAAUGUCCCGUAAAUAUUUUUAAAAGGCAAAGUGUUUAAAAGCAAACUUUUAAAGCUUAUUUUUGAGAAAUUUAUUCACUUUAAGCUUUUCCCCAUUGAUGAUAAAGUCAGUUCUAUAUAAAUUUAUAAUGCCAGUGUCACUAAGGUAAUAAAUUUGUCUUCGUCAAGUGUCCAGUCUGUCUUUUCAGCCGAUGUAUUACGUUCUGAGCCAUUUCUUUUGAUUGUUACUGUCGCUAAUUUAUUCCAAAUAAACUGCUCCUUUGAAGUAGGUUGGGGUACCUUACCUUAAAGUAAAGAUGAGCACAUACUUGUUUGCAAAAUCAAAAUAAAACUAUGCGAGUGUGGACGCUGACAAAACUGCGAGCAACCCAAACUAUUGUUGCCUUUUUGCGUGUUGUGAAGUAUAUAGGCUACGAUUCUCCAUAUAUUAGUAAAGCGUCAUAACGUUAUGGAAGGAAACCUUAGGCGAGUUUGUUAAUGAAGGAGCAUGCAGUGAGACAGCUGACAUGGCUCUUCAGUGCGGAGGAACGGCAGAAACGGAGAAAUGUGAGGAGACAGGGAUUCUCCUCCUUCACCCCCUCUGUUCCUCAGUUAUUUGUCCCACUCAUACUUGGGAGCUUGACUUCGGGCAAAGCUCAAUGAAGCAAGCUUCAAACGGCCUCACACCCCUGUGUGGCGCUUAAAUCAACUGAGCCUUUAGACCAACUGCGAGAUAAACCAGCUCUCACUUCGAACGAGCUUUCUAUUUUACUAAAUUCGUGUACUUAUCAUGAAAUGUCUUGUGUACUUUCCUUGCUGUAGAUCGGGAAGCAAUCCCUGUAUCAGAAGAAAUAAGAUUUGGGGAAGACAGAAUGGUGGCGUUCUGGCCUACAACGGAGGU